GGUUUGUAUAGUUGCGCGAGGGAGGGACAGAAUAUCGGGGCGAGACCAGCUGAGCGUCAGUCUGUCAGGGGAUGGCGGCGUGAAUUAGCCUCUAGACACCCACGCCUCUCGCUGUCAGUACCCACAACGCCCACGCCCACGCAACACCACGCCCUGCACGCAACACCACGCCAGGGAACGGUGAAAUAACCAAGAUAUCCGCCAUUUUAACACGCAUCACACCAACCCCCCCCUAGAAAGUUGCAAACCCCGUUACCAACACCACUGCAACACCCUUGGAACUGGAAUAUCCUUGGAACGCCCUUGGAAUCAUCCCCCCACCCCCCCAAUUCCAGAAUCUAGGAAUACACCCUUGAAACACCAUUAAAAACACCCCCCAGUAUAUCAGAAUCUUGAAAUACACACCAGAAACACCUUUUAAAAUUCCAGAAACUUGCAAUACACCCCUGGAAUCCUACCCCGUAUUCCAGAAUCUAGGAAUACACCCCUUGCAACACCCUCCGUUCCAGAAUCUUGGAAUAUACACCAAAAUGAAUGUUUUCACCAACGUGUCAAGCCAAGUCUCUGGAUUUUCCUCCUCUCUUGGCUCCUGGUUCAAGAAAGAAGGUCAGGAGGGCCAGGAAGGUCAGGGCGAUGCGGGGCAAGGUCAAGGGGCGGGGCAGGGUCAAGGGGCAGCUCCCUCUGGUGACCUCCCACCCUCCCCCCCCUCUGCCAACGCCUCUGAGCAAAGUGUAAAGGGCUCCGCUGAUGAGAAUGAGGAUGCGGCGUCUCAACAUUCAGGGGCCACAGAGGGCGCCGACAGCAACCCCCCCAGUGAGACAGAGGAGGAGCAGGAAGCUAAGACUGGAUUUGCUUCAGGUCUGGGCUUCAACCUGUCAGCGGUGCAGGGAAAAGCUUCAGCAUCGGCCAAGAGUGUGGGGUCCUUCUUCAGUUCGGCCUUCAGUAAAGCAGGCGCCAGUGUGAAGGAGGCUGGCUCGAAGAUUAAAGAGAGUGUGGAGAAAAAUACCCUGCUGAGUGAGUUUAACAAGGAACAGGAGGCAUUUAUCAAGGCGAAGGGUGGCAAGGGAGGGGAAGCGCUCCCUCCCUGGGUUGGCUAUCCUGAUGAAGAUGGCCUGAAGGAGGAGAUUCUGGCCCUGUCAACGGACCGUCGAAACUUUGUGCGCAACCCUCCUGCCGGCGUGAACUUCGAGUUUGACCUGGAGUCGUUCCUGCCAGUGGCCCAGGCAACACUCGCCGCAGACCCCAACCUGGAGAAGAUGCGCUUUGAAUUGGUGCCCAAGACAAUUGAUGAGGAAACAUUCUGGCGUAACUAUUUCUACCGCGUUGGACUAAUCAGACAGAGUACUGAGCUGUCAUCGCUGGAGAGAGAAGGAGUUGAGGGUGCCACCAAGACUGCUGCUGGCGAUACUGUUAAGGGCAAAGAGGAGGAGGGAGAGCAGGCUGACAGCAACGCACAGGGAGACAGUGAGUUUGUGUCUGACAGCCUGCCAUCCUCGUCAAGGCAGGAUGUGGAGGAGGUCAGAAAGGGCGUGUCCAGCCUCACCAAGCCCUCAGCUGAGGAGGACUGGGAGAGAGAGCUGCAGGAGGAGCUGGGGGAAUACGAGGUGGUGGGAGCAGAUAGUGGCAAGGACAGUGACAAGUGGGAGGCUGAGAUACAAGACUUGAUUGACGAUGAGAGUGAUUUGCGUUAGUCUGGGGUAAGAAUCUGGUUUUAGGGUUCAAUUUGAGGGUUUUCCGGGGUUUGUGUGGAUGGAAGGAGUGUGUGAGUGUGCGUGUGUGUUUAGAGUGUGUUUGGAAGGCAGAAAUGAGAGUAAAUGAUGUUUUUUUGUGUGUUUUAGAGUUUAUUUGGCAAGUUUCUGGCUUUCUGUGGAUGGAAGGAGUGUGUGAGUGUGCGUGUGUGUUUAGAGUGUGUUUGGAAGGCAGAACUGGGAGUAAAUGGUGUUUUUUUGUGUGUUUUAGAGUUUAUUUGGCAAGUUUUUUGGGUUUGUGUGGAUGGAAGGAGUGUGUGAGUGUGCGUGUGUUUGGAGGGCAGAAAUGAGAGUAAGUGGUAAUUUUUUGCGUCUUGUAUGAAAAAAAACUAAUUUGUUAAGAUUAUGAUAAUAAUUUGAUGGUUUUAGGAUUCAUUUACGAGGUUUGGGGUUUGUCUGGAUGGAGAGAGAGAGAGAGAGAGAGUGCAUGUGUGUGUGUGUGUGUGGAUUGUUUAAAAAGUGGAUAAGAGGUGGAAAUCUGAGUUAAUUGUGGUUUUUAUGUGUUAUUUGAGAGAAAGUUGGUUUGUGUUACGUUUAUAGGAAGAAUUGAAGGCUUUUAGUCACGUUAGGCCGAUGUCACACUAUGGAGCCUUGCCAAUAGUGACAUCACACACGAACCAGUGGGGUGUGUCAUAUUGCUGCGCCACUGCUGUUCUCGCCGCACAGUGUUGCAGCAUCAGCACCACAACACAACACUACGCAUCACGACAAUUGAGCAGAAAACACACACAUUUUUAUGAUUUUUAUGUAGUUUGUUCAGCACAACAACAACACAUCAUGCCGAUUGAGCAGAAAACGCACACACUUUCAUGAUAUGCAGUUUGUCACAUCAUCUCCACUGCAAUAGAGUAUUCUGAUAACUAUAGAGAGGCUUCAGCAGUUCCAGCAGCUCAUCACACUAAGCUUUGCACACUGGCCUAUGUUAAAAAACCUUGCUUCUGACCACUCUUCCCAAACCUUUCACUUGUCUGUCCUCACCAAUUAAUGGAAGAGCCCUGUUCCAGUACGUUUUUUUCUUUCUUUUCUGUAAAUGCAGGAGGGAAGCCAACCAAGGAUAAGAAAAUAGAAAAAAAAGGUCCACUUGAGUGUUGGUUCCCUUGCAGAGUGGUAGAGAGUUAGCCACACUAGAGGGAGCAAUGUGUUGACACCUCCCUCUUGAAAGAAGUGAAGUGGUAGGAAGGUGGAAACACAGAAGCAGGCAGGGAGUUCCAGAGUGUGCCAGAGAAAGGUGUGAAGGAUUGAGAGUACUGGUUAACUCUUGCAUUAGAGAGGUG